UCGAUAUAUAUGUAACAUCCCUAGCAUCAGUCUAAAAUGCACUAAUAUUACCGCACGCGUAGCGUUCUUUUUGAAAUUAACAAGCGAAUGGGGGUGAAAAAGAAGAAUGAGCAACAACGCUACGCUUGUUUGUGUUCCAUCGUACACUCACGAAAAUUUUACAAAUUGUACAGUAUAAAGUAAUCGAGCAGUAUUUAGUUAGUAAAAGCAAAACAAAUCACGAAAUGCCCAAACCAAAGGCAAAAGCGAAGCCAAAAUCCAAAGCGGCGGCAGCAGCCGCAUCAAAAAGGGAGGCGACCAAGAACAACAAUGCCGUUUCGGCCGAAAAGGAAAACGAAAUGGAGAUCAGUGAUCCGACCUCCGUUCCCAUCCGGGAACAAUGCAGAGGAGGCGCGGAAUCCAUGUACACAAUAAUGCGUCACGCGGAACUCAAGGAGUCACUCCACAAGCGCUACGAAAAGGAGCUGCAGCAACUGUACUCGAGGAUGGGCCACCAAGAGUUUCUGAACACAUUCAUCAAUGUGCUGAAGACUGUACUCGAGGCGGAGGAGAGCAACGAGAACGGUAACAAGGCCCUGUCCUUUUGCGCGAAAUUCGUGACCAGCUUCGAGUCGGAGAAGACGCACCCCAUGAUGACUGAAACAUUCCACUGGCUGUUGACUACAUAUUCCAGCAGUCCGCACGUUCGCUAUCGGAUUUGCUACUUUGUGAAUCUGAUACUUGAGAAACUGGGACCCAAUGCGGCACUCGACGACACGCAGUGCGACGAGAUUCUCGAGACUAUGCUGGAGCGCGUGAAGGACGUGUCGGCCGGUGUGCGCAAGCAAGCAGUCCUGGCCAUGCAGUGUUUCCAGAUUCCGGACAAUCCCGUCGAUCCAGUUGUCUGCGCCUAUCAGUUCCAUCUGUCUGCGGAUCCCUUGUCCAGCGUGCGCCAGUGCAUUAUCACCUGCAUGGGCCGCAACUACAUCACGGUGCCCUACAUACUGCAGCGUCUGUGGGACGUGGACGAGAAGGUGCGCCGCCAUACGUACGUCAACAUGUGCAACUAUCCAGUGCGCGCCUACAGGGUGGCGCAGCGCCUGACCCUCCUGGAGCAAGGUCUGAACGACAGCUCGGCCAACGUUAAAAAGACGGUGGUAAACCUACCAACAGAACUAUGUGGCUCUGAUAGCGGCCCUCAAGCUGGACUCCAGCGAGGAGGAGCUGAUGCGUUUCCGGAGCGUGACCAAGCAAAUGUUGCGUGAAAUCUUUGAGCAGACCGACA